CCCACAGCACAGACGCUACCAUGGACGCACAGCUUCGAGCCAUGAUGGGCCAGUUUGGCGGCGGCGCACCGCCCCCUGGAGCCGACAUCGCCACGAACGACAACGCAGAGACGGUCCACAUCUCGAGCCUCGCCCUCCUCAAGAUGCUCAAGCACGGUCGCGCAGGUGUCCCACUCGAGGUCAUGGGCCUCAUGCUCGGCGACUUUGUCGACGAGUACACGGUCCGCGUCAUCGACGUGUUCGCCAUGCCGCAGAGCGGUACGGGCGUCUCAGUCGAGGCCGUCGACCCCGUGUUCCAGACCAAGAUGCUCGACAUGCUCAAGCAGACCGGCCGGCCAGAGAUGGUCGUCGGGUGGUACCACUCGCACCCGGGCUUUGGCUGCUGGCUGUCGAGCGUCGACGUCAACACGCAGCAGUCUUUCGAGCAGCUCAACCCUCGCGCGGUGGCCGUCGUCGUCGACCCGAUCCAGUCGGUCAAGGGCAAGGUCGUCAUCGACGCGUUCCGGUCCAUCAACCCGCAGCAGGUCAUGAUGGGCGUCGAGCCGCGCCAGUCGACGUCCAACAUCGGGCACCUGCAGCAGCCGUCCAUCCAGGCCUUGAUCCACGGCCUGAACCGCCACUACUACUCUAUCGCGAUCGCGUACCGCAAGACGGAGCUCGAGCAGAGCAUGCUCCUCAACCUGCACAAGAAGGACUGGACCGAGGGCCUCAAGCUCCAGGACUGGAGCGAGAUGAAGCGCGACAACGAGGAGAGCAUCAAGCGCAUGCUCUCGCUCGCGCAGACGUACACGGCGAGCGUCAAGGAGGAGGCGACGCUCACGACGCAGCAGCUCAAGACGCGCCACGUCGGCAAGCAGGACCCCAAGCGCCACCUCGAGGAGGCCGUCGAGAAGGCCAUGGGCGACUCGAUCCUGCAGAGCCUUGGGACCAUGCUCUCGCUCGGCGCGUUGUGAGCAGAACUGGGGGCGAGUCGAAACGGUCGCGGGCGCGCACACUUUUGUAGAUGCUUGUAAAAGAGAGUUACUCGACGACCUCGUCUCGCUCCUCGCCCGCGCGCUAGAUCCCUGCGAGCUUGUCCCGCGCAUUGUCGCGCUGCCUCCUCCACAUGGCGAGCCACUCUCGCUCCUUGUCCGUCGCCUCGCUCGCCGCCGCCGCUCGCGCCUCGUCCUCCCGCUCACCCUCGCCGC